AUGCCAUCGCGGGAGUUCUCCCACCGUCAGCUCUUCCAUCUCCUCCAUCGCCGUUGCAAGAGCCUCUGCCACCUCAAGGCCAUCCAUGCCCAUGCCACCGUCCACGGCCUUACCUCUUUGUAUCCCUCCCCCAUUCUCGCCAAGCUCAUCUACACGCUCACCCUCCUCCUCCCCACCGCCAUCAACCACCGUGCCUCCCUCCCUGCCACAGCAACCGCCUCUGCCGGAUACGUCCUCUCCCUCUUCCAUGCCAUCCCCUUUCCAUCUGCCUUCCCCUACAACCUCCUCAUGCGUGUCCACACCCUUCUCUCCUCCCCUAUCUCCGCUCUCCUCCUCUAUGCCUGCAUGCGCCACUCCGCGGCAUGUACCCACCUCCGCCACCCUACCCUCGCCCGCGCCGUCCACUGCCAAGCGAUCGUGUUCGGCUUCGCCGACGACCUCUACGUCUGUAACACUUUGAUCAGCACCUAUUCUUCUUUCUACUCGAUGCCCGAAGCAAGGACUAUCUUCGACGAGUGCCCCUCGCUUCGUGAUGUUGUUUCCUAUAAUAUUUUGAUGGAUGGAUAUGUGAAGGCCGGCCAAAUUGAGCACGCGCACAACCUGUUCGAUGGAAUGCCUAAAAGGGAUGUAGUCCAUGGGCUCUUCUUCUCGUACUUCAAGGAGUUGGUAGGUAAAGAAGUGACGGUGGAGCUGAAGAACGAUCUCGCCAUCAGAGGAACCCUCCACUCCGUCUACCAAUACCUCAACAUCAAGCUUGAGAACAUCAAAGUCGUAGACGAAGACAAAUACCCUCACAUGGUUCUAUCUGUUGUUGGAAUACUUCAGGAUGAAGUGGAUCCUAUGACUUCUGUUAUGAAAGUUGAAAAGGCUCCUUUGGAGUUUUAUGUUGAUAUUGGUGGCUUAGAUGCUCAAAUCCAAGAAAUUAAAGAAGCUGUUGAACUUCCACUUACUCAUCCUGAGUUAUAUGAGGAUAUUGGAAUUAGGCCUCCCAAGGGAGCUUGUUUAUUCACUGAGAAACUUAUUGACAGCUUGCAGGCUUCGAAAUGGAAGUGGUUAAAAUAG